AUGGCAAACAUAGGAUUUGACGACUCUCCAUCAGACCGACUGGAGGGAACACAAGUUCAUUCUGUUGUCGGUGGCUUGAUCUUAAAAGGAAACAGCAACAAAGCGUCUCAAUCCCCCAAGAAAAGUGUAUUAGGGCUACAAAAGCUCGCUGAGGAGAAAAGAAAGCGAAAGUUGGAGGAGGAUGACGAGGAGACGAAGAAGAACAAGGCUCUUUCUUCAAAUCGCGACGAAGAUUGGGACGAAUCAGAGUUCACGGGAGAAGCGCGAAUUAGCUCUGGAAGUAAAGCAUAUAAGUCGAAAUCACGUCAUUAUAGAUCUGGAUUGGCCGAAACCCCAUCACACACUGGAGGUGUUAAUGAAGAUAUAAGAGAAAAACAGCUCCAGAGACUUGAAAGAGAUCGUGACUCCAGAAAAGGUGGUUUGUAUGCUCAAUCUAGGCCAAAGGACAGAGAAAAAGAUUAUAGAAAAUAUGGAAGAGAUAAAAACGAUGAUAGAGAAAGAAGAAGGUAUGAAAAAAGAGAGCAAAGUAGUCGAAGUUCUCGAGAGUACUACAGGAAUGGCAGGGAAAAUUAUUUUAAAGAGCCAAGAUCGAGCCGCAGUGACUGGGAAGAGACGCCAUACAGAAGUAGUCGGUCAAGAGAUGAAGGUUAUACUCCUAGACACAAAUCAAAAGGUAACUGUAUCGUUUUGCAGUUGAUUUGAUAGCCUUUUUUUCAAGGAUAAUUGAUAAAUUAGUAUUAUCAACUAAGUUGGUAAUGUCUUUUUGGCACUCAAAAAGGCUAAAAAACACAAAGACAUAGUUACAAUCAUCCUUCCUAGAACUUCGUGUAUUUACUUUUUACCUAAAAUCCACAAACCUAACAACUCAAGUCGACUCAUCUUCUCUGCCUGCAGUUGUCCCACCAAACUUAUUUCCAGCUAUUUGAACAAAAUUAUAUCACCUAUCAUCAAAACCUCAUCAUCAUACAUUAAGUACAGCCAUUACAUGCCUGAAAUUUUUUGUGAGUUUAAUUUCUUUGGCCGAAACAAACUUGUUUUCACUAUGGAUAUUACAUCUCUUUAUACUAACCCUCCCAAUGAUGGAGGUCUCCAGGCCCUAAAACAUCUUUGUAAUCAAGGCACUGGUAAGGAACCCUAGAAACACUACUCCAUUUAACCGAACUAGUCCUAACACUCAAUCGCUUUUCAUUCAGUGGUAACUAAUACACACAAACCAAUGGCAUAGCCAUGGAGACCAAAUGGGAGCCAGCUAUGCCAAUCUUUUCCUGGGUUUUAUUGAACACCAAUUUUUCAGUCAAUACAAUGGCUCCAAACCUGAACUCUACAGUUGUUACAUUGACAACUGCAUCAGUGCUACCUCCUCUACCAGAAAGGAGCUCACUCAAUUUUUAACUGGCAGCAACUCCUUUGACUCAGCACUGAAAUAUAACUAGGAAAUUUCUGACUCUUCUUUGGCUUUUCUAGACAUUAAAAUUUCAAAAUAAGGCAACAGUCUAUGCACUAGUGUUUACUACAAACCUACAGAUUCACAUAGGUACUUGCUUUAUUCAUCUUUGCAUCCAUCACAUGUCAAGAAUUCUAUACCUAUUUCCCAAAGUUUCUCAGACUUUGUAGUUUAGGUAGUGUUGACUCUUAUUUUUCCAGAAAAUCCAAGGCAAUGUGCCAGUUUUUUGACAAACAUGGGUAUCCUGUUCCUGUUGUUCAAGUGGGUCACCACGGUGCCCAACAAAUUGAUUGACAGCACUACAAAUUGUUCAGAAGGAAAACACUGAUUGCUUUCAAUUCACUCCCACAUUUCACCCUCAAAACCACUCAGUUAAAUCUAUCAUUCAGAAAAACUCUAAGUUUCUUCAGUUCUUCAAAACAACUCAGAGACUGGUACUAUCUUUUUGCAACCUCUACUUAUCUCAUUCAAACACAACAAAAACAUUGGGAACUCUUUGGUCAGAAGUUCAUUUCAAACCAGUGACCAACGUAGAACUUUCAAACAUGCUCUCUCACAAUGCAAAACUUGUCCUUUCAUUUACAAGAUAGAAAAAAUGUUGGGAUCCAAGAGAUCCAUUAAGAUCACUGAUUAUUUCACAUGCGCCUAAACUUACACUUAUCACAAAAAGUUAUACAUUGAUGAAGCAGGAAGAUAACUAGGUGACUAAUUUCAAGAACUCUUUUGCAAUGUAGAAAGAAACGACAAGAAGGCAUCCAGUCAUUAGACACUUAAAUCUCCCUAACCAUUCUAAACAACAUAUGGCAGUUUGCUGCCUUUCCCUACAUCUGGGCAGUUCGGAAGGCAGCAAAACUUUAGAAAAAAAAAUUAUCUUUCAAAUAGGCACUCUUAAUCACCACAGUAUCAACAAGCCCUUUUCAUUCAACCAAUUUAUUCUUGUUUUAUCAUUGCUAUAUUCCCAGUCAUACCAUAGCUCCAUUUUCUGCAUAUAAAGACUCAUGCAACCCACAAUUGUUACUGACAACAAACACUCGAAAUGUCAGCUUUUAAACUCUCUAUGGUGGCCAAUUUAUGUUAUCAACUCAAUUGAUAAUACUAAAUUACCUUAUUAUACUCUCUCACUGACUCUGCACCACAAUUUCUUUAGAAACUUUCCCCCUUUAUUCUAUUUUCUAAGGGUUUAUUCUGAAACCCUUCUACAUUCCAAACCAGGCCUUCUGCCCUUAUUCAAAUUUGUUCUUGUAACCUCUAUCACUAGAUAUAUUAAAUAUAAAUUUCCCCCCAUAAAAUAAUCUGCCAGUCGCACUUUGAAACCCUUUGAAGCUUAGGCACAUGGUAGGACAAUAAAGUACCACACACAAAAAUAUUCCUCUUUAAAAUCCAUGGUACAUUGCUUUGGUAUUCCACAAUUUUAAAACCUCACAUCCAAUAUGAUUAAAAUCUUGGUUAAAAGUAAAUUGGAGGUGGUAGAGCAUUCAACAUUUUCCAUGUUGAAGCAGCUUUGAUGCUGCAAACAAAUUUUCCUGCCUUCUGCAAACUAUUUGAUGGAUAAUAAGCUCACUAGAUACCAUUUGAUUGGGAAAAAUGUCGUAAUUUAUUUGUCCUUGGGAGUUACUUGUUACUAAAAGCUCUUUUGCAAAAUUUGUUCCCAAAAGACUGAUCACUUCUAGGAACAGAUAAUGUCUGUGGAUAAAUUCAUAUAAUUGCCUAUUGUUGAUGUAUUUUAGUACACCAAAAAAAUUGCAUUGAUGUUGCAUUAUAUUGUACUCUUGAUGGUUGUCUCUUAUCUUUUGUGUUCUCUGUAAGACCUUGCAAAAGUUUUAUUCCUGUCCUACAUGUACUUAUGUUUUGUUGACAGACAUAAGAACUCCUUCACGAAGCAGUUGGGAUGACGAAGAUGCCACACCCAGCAGAGCUAAAUGGGAAAUGCCAUCUCCCAGCAGAUCAGUAUAUGAAGACAUGAAAAGUGAAAGAAGGUAACAAAAACUGUGAAGUGUUCCUAUCAAUACCUGAUUGGUCUUCAUUUUCCCAGAUAGUUUACAUACAAAGAUUGUACAAACUAGGAUCAUUAUUUAGGAGUGAGGUGUCUGACACAUAAAGGUUAUGAGAAUAAAGGAAACCAUUGCCGAUCAAAAGGAGCUCUCAAUUGUUUUACAAAUUCUCCUUAUCAGCAUCUUUGGACAUGUAUAGAGAACAGUGUAGAGAAUAUGCACACUGAUGUUAGAGUGUUAUCCCUCUCCCAGCAGCUGUUGGGGUUCAUCAUUUCACAUAUAACCUUCUUAUCAUCUUUGUAUCUCAGACUGAUACAGAGAUUACACUAUCAUUACCUGCAGUUCUGUUAGAGUUUGUGUCUUUUACAAUCCCUUAAUUUGUUGCUUCCUUGUAAAGGAGCACUUAUAGGUGUUUUUCAAUCAAUGGAUUUAUUCUGUAAAGUCCUAGCAUUUAUAAAAAUAAGUGGAAUAAUUUACUGCCCUACAGAUCUCAUCGAAGAGUAGAUGACACUCCUCGCUUCACCCCUACACAUAAAUACAAUGUUUGGGAAGACGAUCGCCGAAGCACUGGAGCUACUCCAAGAUUCUCCAAAGGAAAACGUGAGACAAAAUUACUCUAUAGCAAUGUUAUAAUAAGGAGUAUGUUGUGAAAAGAUCUGAUCAUGCCAAAUCUGUGGAAUAAAGUAGAAUAAAUUCAUCUAGUAGCAUUAAUUAGGUUUUGCCCUCUCAUUUGUAAUUAUCUUGAUAGACUAAUCUGUCAUUAGAUUAAAAAUUUACCAUUUAAAACCCACAUAUUUCCUUCAAAAAAACUUAAAUUUAUGUUUAAACCAAGUCGUUAUUGUGACAGAAUAGUCACAUUGUGGCAGGUUCUUGUUUAUAUUAGUAAGUCUUUGAUCAAGAUGUUACUUUCUUGACAUAGGUUAUCUGAUGAUGUUAAGCAGUUCAAAAUUGUAUUAUCUUAAACAAAUCAUUGGUUGACUGAUACAUAAAAAUAAAACAUGCAGGUUCUGAAGUUGACAAGGAAUCGCGAUUUCCUUCUGAAGUUGACAAGGAGGAAUGGGAAGAAGAACAAAAGGUGAUUAAUGAGCCAUGAGCACAGAAAAACUGUUUCACUCCCAACAUCUCAUUAUUCAUUCUCCUCAGUGUCUGCCACACUAUCAUUAUGAUGCAAGUUUGGGGAAUUUGGUAUUGGAUCAACUAAUGAUGCCCUAAUUGAUAUUUUUGAUUAUUCUCAUCACUUGUCUGCUUCACCUGUUACUGAUAUUGUAAGGAGAAACUAUGUCUUGAGCACUUAAGUUAAAGGGUUAAUAAGAUUUUAGCCUGUAGUGCUGUUGUCUUAUCAAGGCAUAAUUGUUUCUUUGACUGGCUGUGUUUGGUAUAAGAUAAGAGUGGAUGGUGGGAGAAGGGGAUGGGGAUGGGGAUGGGGAAUGGCAAGAUGACAUUGCCUACCCCCUCCCCUCUCCUUCCUUUUGGCUUGCUCAGCCCUUUGGUACAAAAUUCUUUCUUUCCCCAGUUUUCUGCUGCUGUAAAAAUCAAAGAUGGCAGCUUUGAUCUUCAAAGGCAGGGUAUUUGGAGAAAAAUUUCAAACAAAGAGUUGCUUGUACACCUGGCUAGGUAGAAAAAACAUGAUGAAAAGUGAAUUACUGUACAUUAUUUUACAGAGGCUGGACCGAGCUUGGUAUGAUAUGGACUCUGGUUAUGAUGAAACACAUAACCCUUUUGCUGAUGUCAGUGAUGAGUACACCAAGAAAAAAGAGGAAAACAUGGCCAAGAAAGCAGUUAAGAAGAUGUCAGCACAACAGAGGCAAAUAAACAAGGUGAAAUAUGGACAUGUUUAGUGUGCAAACAUAUUUUGAUUUACAUUAUGUAUACAGAGUUAUCAGCAGAGGAAAUCUAAAAGUGUUUAUCAUGUGUUGUAGCAUGUGCAAUUUUUAGCUGGCGUCUAAAGUGUUAACCCUUUACACCCUAACAUCAGUUUAUAUAUUCUCCAUACUGUUCUGUAUACAUUUCCUAAGGCACUGACAGGGAGAAUUUGUUUAACCAUCAGUUUACAUAUUCUCCAUACUGUUCUUCAUACAUUUCCUAAGUCGCUGACAAGGAGAAUUUGUUUAACCAUCAGUUUACAUAUUCUCCAUACUGUUCUUCAUACAUUUCCUAAGUCGCUGACAAGGAGAAUUUGUUUAACCAUCAGUUUACAUAUUCUCCAUACUGUUCUUCAUACAUUUCCUAAGUCACUGACAAGGAGAAUUUGUUUAACAAUCAGUUUACAUAUUCUCCAUACUGUUCUUCAUACAUUUCCUAAGUCACUGACAAGGAGAAUUUGUAUAACAAUCAAGAGUUUCUUUGAUUGGUGACCAUUUCCUUUAUUCUCAUGACCUUAAUGUGUGAUUGCAGGGUGAUAUUGUAAGGAGAAGUUAGAUGCCAAGGGGUCAAAUGCCACUUAGGUCCUACAGAGUUAACUUCAUUCUAACUUUAUUGUAGUAAUUUAAGAUUCAAAAGUAGCAUUUUCAUAAUUCAUGAUCGUUAAAAAAGAUUUUUCCUAUAAUAUAUUGGCUCUUCAAGUUCAUCAGCAUACAUCCCACAAAGCAGGUUGGUCAGAAUUCCAGUCAUCAACAAGUCUUCAAUGAAAGUGUAUGUUGUUUCUAAAGAUAUCCCCAGCCAUACCUCUGAGGAUUUGUAGUUUGUGACUAAUUAAUACCAUAUCCCAAAAUGGAAGAGGUUUCAGUGAAGGCUGUAUUUUUGGUGUACAUUCAUUUACUUACCAUCUGAAUGUGUUUAAUAAUAUUCCGAUUGAAACCAUUUUUAUUCAGGAUAAUGACCUCUGGGAGACCAACAGGAUGUUGACAAGUGGUGUGGUGCAGAAGUUAGAUGUUGAUGAAGACUUUGAAGAUGAUCAAGAAGCCAAAGUCCACCUGUUGGUGCAUAACAUAGUGCCGCCUUUUCUUGAUGGACGCAUUGUCUUCACAAAGCAACCAGAACCGGUCAUUCCAGUCAAGGUAUUAUGCUAUAGUUAGUACGUGCACUAUGAUGGGUCAGUUCAGCGGGCCGUACUGUGGCCCGCUUAAUUCAAAAGUUUUGUCGAAUUGAAAUCUUCUCCUCGAUUUGAACCUAGAGAUAAUAUAAAUACCGUAAUGGUUCGAUUUGGUGCCUUCCUUCCAAUGAGCGCUCCCUCGAAAUAGGAAGGAUCUAGGGAAAACCGGUCCGUCUUCCAGCUUUCUGAUCUUUUUCGAAUGGACUUCAGAGCUUUGUUUCGCACGUUCUACUGUUUCUCGAAAUAGAAUAAGCGCCCUGUUCCUUAUAGGAGAUAUUUUUCGAAAAAGCGCCCUCCCUUUAGGUAACCAAAGUAAAUAAGCGCCCGGGGCACUAAAUCGAAUCAUUACGGUACCUUACCAACCUCGUCUUCUUUGCAGGAUUCCACUUCAGACAUGGCUAUGAUUUCAAGAAAAGGUUGUCAUGUUGUACGUGUUCACCGAGAACAGAAAGAACGACAGAAGUCACAACACAAACACUGGGAACUGGCGGGAACAAAACUUGGCAACAUUCUGGGUGUUAAACAGGAGGAAGAUGAAGUAUGUUGGAAUUUGAAUUUCGACUUUGUUGAAGAACAUUUCAUGUAAGAAAUUUGUUAUUGAAAAGGAAAAAAAAAAAAGAGCUUUAAAGAAAUGUUGGUUUUCUUGUGCGGCGUUUGUUUCAUGUAAGUUUCGUGCUGUUUCAUGUUAUUUAAAAUUUCGGAGCAAAUUUGUUCGUUUGUAAACUUCGUAAAUCUACUAUACCACGACAAAUACUCACAAUUUAUUACAACUUCUUACAAACUUCACGAAGUUAGUAAAGUAAAAGUAACUAUUUUUCUUUGUCUUCAAGGAUACAAAACAAGACGAGGAGGAAGAUUACAAAGAUAAUCAGAAGUUUGCUGAACAUAUGAGGGAUAAAAAUGAAGCCAGCAGCGAGUUUGCUGCGAAGAAAUCAAUCAAGGAACAAAGAGAGUAUUUGCCCAUAUUUGCGAUUCGAGAAGAGGUACGAAGGAAGCAAUGUCAAUCUGUGAAACAUCACUACGAUAUGUAAAUAACUGAUAUGUAGUGUCUUUUUUUGCUAAAUUUUGUGCAUUUGAACAAGAAUUUGGAACCGUCGUAUUCGUUUAUUUUCCAACUGACCCGUACGGGCCAGGAUGCCGUUUUGAUUGAAAAUUAUUUUAAACAAAAUAAUUCCAUUGCGAGGGCCGGGCUUGAAGGCGCGAGCAGUGCUAGAAAAAGCUGUAAAACUGAGCCGUCUGCCUCACAAGAUGCAUGGUAGGAAAAAACGUAAGAAGAAAGGAAGAGGGAGAUAAAACGGCAGUCAUGUGAUGAAAUGCGUACUUAUUGUAGGUCAAGACGUACCGACCCAGCGCCAUUUAGCCCUCCCACUUUGUUAUUAAGUACAUGAUAUGUAGAACUCAAGUUGCGUGUGUGAAUUUGUGUUUUUAAUCCAGUUUAAAACUACUGUACCUGUACUUUGCAGCUUCUUAACAUCGUGAGAGACAAUCAGGUUGUUAUUGUGGUUGGUGAAACAGGUUCUGGAAAAACAACACAGCUUACUCAGGUACAAAAAAAAUGUAAAUCGCUCGACGCGAAAACAGCGCCGUUGUGAGGUGCUUAACGAGUUGACGUCUGAAAAUAUUUUGAUUUUCAAUGUCUCCUGUAAAGUAGGAAAUGUUCCUUUGUUUGAGUUAUAUGUAUUAAAAAAAAAUGAUAAUAACAGGGUCGGGGGAGAUUAAUUAUUUCUGCGUGGAGAUUAGGUAUCUCCGUGUGGCCAUGUAACAUUCACCCCUUGUCAUCGCUAUGGCAGCACAGUGAGGUGUAUGUUACUCUCGGUUGUUGUUGUUGUUGUUGCUGCUCAAAUAACUUAUUCAUGUGAAGCAAUCCUACAUUUUUUUUUCUUCUAGUACAUGCAUGAGGAUGGAUACACAAAUUAUGGAAUGAUUGGUUGCACACAGCCUCGUCGAGUGGCUGCUAUGUCAGUUGCUAAGCGCGUCAGUGAAGAGUUUGGCUGCAGACUUGGUGAGGAAGUUGGCUACGCCAUUCGGUUUGAGGAUGUCACUUCCGAGGUGAGGAAAACUUGUUUACACUCAAUGUAUCAGUGGUUAGCGUGGAGUUUUUUGUGUAAACCGAGUUCUGUGAAUUGGCGACCAGAGGUAAUGUUCUCUUUAUAAUUAACUUAGGAUGGUUAUUGUAAUAUACAACUUAAGGACUGCGUGUCAAACGCGCAUCCUCUUCCAGCGCAAAUGAUGACUUAAGUGCGUAAGUUUUUUUAAAAUCUUGUCAUAAUACGCUAACACCAGUAUAUAUAUUCGUCAUACUGUUCUCUAUGUAUUUUUCAUGUUACUGACCAAUGGAAUUUGUCUAACAAUCACGACAUUCUUUUGUUGGCGAUCAUUUUCUUCAUUCUCAUGAUCGUGAUGUUUAAGUCAGGGCUGAUACUGUAAGGAGAAAUUAGAUACUAGUCACUCUUAGAGGUUAAAGGUUAAAAGGAAGUUUUCGUUUAUUUUCGUAGUUAUUUCCAGUCCGUUAACUGGGCAUGGUUGGGUUGGUCAUAGGGAAUCAUUUUACUAGUAACUGACCAUCUCAACUGUCGGUGGUUUCUUGCAGCGCACAAUGAUCAAGUACAUGACAGAUGGUAUUCUUUUGCGAGAGUCUCUCCGUGAGUCAGAUCUUGAUCAUUACAGCGUCAUUAUCAUGGACGAGGCGCACGAACGGUCGCUGAACACAGAUGUCCUCUUUGGUCUUCUUAGAGAGGUGAGAUGUUACAUUCUGUAGAUAACUAUUCGCCUUCGCGGAUUAUGCUUUUGCCGUGGCAAUUAUUAACCAUCUGUCCCAAAAGUGACGAACGUGUAACGUUUCCUCUCCUUUGAUAUACCGUUUUUUUUUUACGAUUAAGCGCCCUCAGCACUUAUUAAAUAUUUGGACCUUUUAGCGCGAGUGGUUGGUUAUUCGAGGUUGGGCGCUUAAUGGACUAAAUACGGAAAAUUAUCAAGCGUAUAGAUAAAGAGAAUAGUCCAGUUUAUCGGCUUAGCAACUCCUGAUGUUACUGAAAUAUCUCCCAAAUGUUUCACAAUGUGGUGUGUGGUGCCUGUUUGUCUGCCUGCCUGUUUACGUUUGACAUCAAUGUAAAUGAUUCGCUACUACGCAUGCUCCAAUUUCCUUCAGCUAGUUUUGUUUCUGUUAAAUGAUUUUAUGAAUGUUAUCCUCUAUGGAUAUAUUUUGAAAAAUUUUAUUUAUAUUCGUACCUGGAUUGAGCAAAGGUUUUCUUUUCUUUUCUCAGGUCAUUUCUCGCCGAAGGGAUAUGAAACUGAUUGUUACCUCUGCAACCAUGGACGCUAAAAAAUUCGCCGACUUCUUCGGGAAUGUUCCUACAUUUCAGGUACGGAGACUUCAACAGAUGCUUAUCCCGUUUUCGGUAGUAUAAAGCUACAAAGAGUUUUGUUAGUUCUCCUGCAGUUAUUUGUGAAAUUUUCGUGAGAGUUUACCGAUACCAGUUUAUAUUCCUGGGUGUGUAGAGGCACAGGGACGGUCAACCCUUUACACCCUUGCAUCAGUAAAGGUAUUUUCCAUACUGUUCUCUGUACAUUCCCUAAGGUGUUGACAAGGAUAAUUUGUGUAACAAUUAACAACUUCUUUAGCUGCUGAUAAUUUUCUUAAUUCUCUUUACCUUACUUCAUGAUUCAGGGGUGAUAUUGUAAGGAGAAAUUAGAUGCUAGUCACCCUUAGAGUUAAAGGGUUAAGUGACUCGCCCAGGAUCAAAAUCUGAACCUCUGGAUCCGGAGUCUAGUCCCGGAAUUCACAACAGCCGGGGAUUGUUCGUGUUUUUUAACGCGAUUCGUCCUCUCUUUUGGCUUUUUCGUGGAUAAUCGCAAAGAGCUCGGGUCAUCAUGAUGUGAUAAAACGCCGUCUUAAGCCAUCAGAUGUAAAACGAAAACCAAUCGUAUAUACCAUGACUCGGUCACCAACGUUUCCUUGGAGCGCUUGAUGGCUAAUGUUAAUGUCAACCUUUGUCAUGAUUAGCCGCUGUGAUAGUUUUGGUUUUGGGAUUUUUCGACAGCCAAUCGAAAACUACUCUAACUAACUCUCUAUUCAUUUUCAGAUUCCAGGUCGAACUUUUCCUGUGGACAUACUUUUCAGCAAGAAUGUUGUCGAAGAUUACGUGGAUGGCGCUGUGAAGCAGGCUUUGCAGAUUCAUCUUACGCCGGCGAAAGGUUCGUGUUGAACUUAUGGUCUUACUAUGGUUUUUUACCCUUGCUCCUAAAGUUAAACAUUCUCAUCACUUGCUUUAACACAUGAAAUAAAGUUUGGUAUUUAAACAACGCCUGAUAGCUUUGCAUGACCAUAUGCGACAUCUAGAGAGAACCAUGUGAGAUCCUUAACAAUCCAUAUUUUUUCAUUGUCCAAUAAGAAUGUACUUUGCAUUUUGUUCUUGUUGUUGGUUUUAUUUUCCCUCUAAGUCCGUUCAUGGCUCAAAUGCAUAGUUAUUGCGAAUGCAAAUCGACUUGGGAGCCCUACAUUCUACUCACCGUUCGCAUCCUGUCAACUGAAUUUCUGCUACAAAUCAAAUCAUCGUAUUCCAUAAUAGAUAUUGUUUUGUGGUAUCAUUUACCGUAUUUUUUUCUUUUGUCGGUUUAAUUCUUGCUUCCCUUGAUACACUUCAGGUGACAUUUUAGUCUUCAUGCCUGGUCAAGAAGACAUCGAGGUUACUUGUGAUCUUAUCACAGGUGAGUGAAAUGCAUCUUAUGAUUCUGAGGCAGGGGGACUUGCAAACUUUUUUCUCUUCCCUCUCCUGCUGCCGUCCUCAGACAAAAUUGGUGGUUACAUUUGGUUUGAGCCUGUUCUAUAGACACUCAGUUAUGAACCGUUUGAACGCAUGAAAGACUGGAAAAAUGUAGUGCAUUUGAUAGUACGCUCGGAAUGUAGGGAAUAUAUGUCUCUUCACUCUUUCAGAACGUCUAAACGAGUUAGACGAAACUCCACCAUUGGCGGUGUUACCUAUCUACUCACAGCUACCAUCGGAUUUGCAAGCCAAGAUAUUUCAGAAGGCGCCGGACGGUGUCAGGAAGUGUAUCGUGGCAACGAACAUUGCGGAAACGUCGCUUACAGGUCUUGCGAUAAUUAGUUUUCUACCAGCUCGCAUAUGACGGAAGGGCACAGUUUUAUAGCUCUUGAUGUUUAAAUUUAUUUACACCAUUACGAGUGCGAGGGCGCUUGUAUUGGUGUAGUUAGAUUGUGUAAGUUUUGGAAACAGUGUACAACCUGAGAAGUUUCAAUGUCCUCUUUAUUAGUGAGUGGAAAGCAGAGAUUAUCUGCUUUCGAUAACUUCUCUACAAUAUCACCCCUCCCCUAGUUUAGGAUGUUGUUAUUAACCUUUCCACCAACAUGAAAUUCACUGACACGCAUGCAUCAGCAUCCUAACUAUGAGAAAGAAUGUUAAGAGGCGUAGCCAUGCUCGCACAAGAUCCCUUCCUGUCUUUUGUUGUUGAGUUCUGUUCGCUUUUGCAAUAAUUAUGAAAAUCCCCUGUAUUUUCUUUUAGUUGACGGAAUUAUGUUUGUAAUUGACUCUGGCUACUGCAAGCUCAAGGUUUUCAAUCCCAAGAUUGGUAUGGACGCUUUGCAAGUUUAUCCCAUCAGCCAGGUACAUACUGAUCAGUAUUUGUAAAUAGAAUAAGAGAGAUGGUAAGUUUUGAGCUCGCUAAAGAAAUAGAGAAAGAUGUUUUCGUCCUGUCAUGAGCGUGAGACAAAGAAAAAAUUCUGAGUGCCCAGGAGGUUUCAAACCUCAGACGUGCGGAUUCUGCCCUCUGAUGCGCUACCACUGAGCCACGAGAUUAUUUUUCCUUUGUCCCACGCUCGUGACAAGACGAAAAACAUUUCUCUCGGAGCAGUAUUGUUGAUGAUGGGGCACUUUUCCUGUGAAUGUCUUUAUAUCAAAACUAACGUAAUCACAGCAACCAAUCACACGAAAGUAAAAUGUCACAAGAAGCCAUUAAGAACUCAAAGGCAACACAUGUUAACUACCUAAGGCGCGGGAAAAUGCCACCGACCAAGCCGCGAUUGGUUUAAAUUUGCAUCUGAUUGGUCAGUUAGUGGGCACGAGUCAUUUUCAGACCAAUCAACCAUUAUUUUUCAAUCCAGAGUUUUGAUUAGACGCAGAUUACCUUCACGGCUUUUUUUUUUGGUAGUUCAGGCUCGGAUAUUUUGACUACAGUCCUGGAAUGUUUAGGCUUUGCACCGAGCCCUGGAAACUAAAUGUAUAACUUGGAACUCUAAUUUUUGAACCUGUUCAUGGAUUGUAUUCUUUAAAAGCGGAAAUUUGCAAGCUUAGAGCUUCUGUGAAACAAAUUCUUGUUAAAUACUUUUAUGACCUAGUGUCUUAAUCAUUUACUUGCAGGCCAAUGCCAAUCAGAGAUCUGGUCGAGCCGGCAGAACAGGGCCUGGGUGAGUUUGACACUGAAUUUGAGUUUGACACUGAUUCAGUUAACGCCUUCAAAUUGACCUUCAAUGUGAAAGAUACCUCUGACAUUUACUUUUCUUUUAUAAGUAAACAUCUAAGAGACUACUAAAUUAGUAUAAAUUAGGGGUGGCUGAAGAUAACACAAAUGAACGCAAGUUGGUUACGGUUUUUCUUAGAAAUGCUUUGGGCGGUAUUGUUCCAGGUGAAAAACGGGGACUCUCUUUUAGCUCUAUACAAAUAUAUAGUUGUUUUUGACCCAUGGUAAUUUUAUUUUUCAGCCAGUGCUUUCGUCUUUUCACGGAGAGUUCUUAUAAAAACGAGCUACUUGUGUCCACCGUACCAGAAAUCCAACGAACAAACCUGUCCAAUGUCGUGCUGCUUCUCAAGUCCUUAGGUGUUCAAAAUCUGCUCGAGUUUCACUUUAUGGAUCCUCCACCACAGGUAAAUGGAUGAACAGAAGAAAAAAAAACCAUCUCUGGGAGUUCCUUUUUCACGAAGCCGUAUUACGCGCCGGAUUCUAAAUCGAAAGGUGCAGGUUCGAGUCUUGGCCGGGUCAAGGGUACGACACAGUACUCCCACCAUGCCUCUUUCUACUAGGAGUAAAACUUGGUAUUGGAAAACUGUCGGGGGUAACUUGCGUUGGACUGGAAUCCCUUCAGGGAGAGUAGCAAUACUCCUAAUGCUAUGGGAAUACGAUAAGCUUCGAUAGAAAGAGUCACAAGACCUUUUUUUUUUAACGGUGUUUGCUUUUCCAAUGUAAUACUUCCCUUCAAAUAGGUUUAUUUUUCAAACUGACGGUGGCUCCUUGUUCAUUAUAGGACAACAUCUUAAACUCCAUGUACCAACUGUGGAUUCUUGGCGCGCUGGACAACACAGGGAGUCUCACUCCCCUGGGGCGUCAGAUGGUUGAGUUCCCUCUGGACCCCGCCCUGUCCAAGUUGUUGAUCAUCGCUGUGGAUAUGGAGUGCAGUGACGAGUCGCUUGUAAGUGCAUACUUUCUGAUGUUAACUUACGGUUGUCGCAAUAAAUGAGUCAACUUGAGUUUAUCUUUUAAACUUUACGGGAAAGCCUCAAAGCUUGCGAAACGUUUUCUCAUUAUACCAGGUACUUGCUUUUUCCGUGCCCGAGAGAUGUUUCUGCUCAAAAAAUGUGUUUAAUCCUUUAACUCCUGAGGGCGAUUGGCUUCUAAUUUUUCCCUUCAGUAUCACUCUCAAAUCAAAUGUAGAGGUCACAAGAAUAAUGGAAAUCAUCACUUAUUUAAGAAACUCCUGAUUUUCAAACAAAUUCUCCUUGUCAUUACGACAGGAAAUGUAGAGAGAUCACUGUGAAGAAUAUGAAAUUGAUGUGAUAAAGGGUAAACCCUUUACAACCUGACAUCAGUACGCGUAUUCUCCAUAAUUUUUUUACAUUUCGUACGGUGCUGACAAGGAGAAUUUGUUUAACAAUCAAGAGCUUCUUUAGUUGGUGAUCAUUUCCUUUAUUCUCGUGACCUUAGUUUUAGGGGUGAUAUUGUACGGAGAAAUUGGAUGCAAUUCACUCUUAAGGGUCAAAGGGUGAGCAUGAGCUGAGGUAGAACCGUGUCGCCAUUUCGGAUUGAGCGUCAGUUUUCGUGGUUGAUCAGGUGUUGUCUUUGAUGUAAUUCAUUAGAGGAGGAGAAUUGGUGGUCACGUAUGUGGCAACGAAAAGUUUUCAAAAAAUACUGACUUGGUCUAGCUGACAUUUUCAGCUGGUGUUGACAUUCUAGUUAAGAUCUAUGGUGUGACAGCUAAAUCAGGCUUGUGUUUCAUCUCGAAGCAACGUUCAGAACCCUUAGAGUGCUCACCAACACAUUUACAGGAUUUCUUCUAUCUCUUCUCUUAACUGUUGACCGUAUAUUUUGUCUGGUUCUUCAUGAAACCAACUUACCUUAGAUUAAAAAUUUUUCUAGUUCUCGUUACAAUGUACUAAAUUGUUCCUCCCACGAUGUUCUCCACCUCUUGACAGAUCAUCGUGUCUAUGCUGUCAGUUCCCGCCAUUUUUUUCCGUCCAAAAGGAAGAGAAGAGGAGAGCGACGCGGCAAGGGAGAAAUUCGCUGUACCCGAGAGUGAUCACUUGACUUACCUUAAUGUAUACAUACAAUGGAAGACUAACAAGUAAGUUCAUCGCUUUAUAUGUAACAAAUCUGUCGGUUAUUCCACUGCUUUUUCGUGGCUGUCAUAGUCCUUCAAAUGGGAAAUGCGGUGGUUUAGGGGUUUGCUUGUUAAAUUCCAGCGAAAGUUCUGGGCUUGAGCACUGGCCGGGUUAUGUUAUGUUAUGUUCUUGGACAAAGCUCUUUCCUCGAUCUCACAAAGCCAAGAUCCAUCUAAGAGAGUAAAUAGGUGCUGAAAAAACUAGCAAGGAAACUUAAAGAGUUAUUGUUUUAUUUUUGGUGUUAAUCUGCAGUGGACAGGGGAGAAGAAAUACUCCUACUCGCAUUAUUUAACCGCGAUAAGUUUCUCACAUAUUCUCCGUCAAAGUGCUUUAUAGAAAAGUUUUACAAGCCUUUUUCCAAUUUUGGUCCUCCACAAUGUCAAUUCUAAACACUUCCUUGUUUCUGUUUGUUUGCUUUAAUAGCUACUCAGCUCAGUGGUGCAAUGAGCACUUUAUUCAUAUUAAAGCGAUGCGUAAGGUGAGUUGAGGUUGUUGUUGUCUUUUUGUUAUCUUUUGAAACGCGUAGACUACAGACACCUUCGCGUCCCGGUUUACUUCAAGUCGAUAAAAGAGAUUGCCGCAGUGCUUUGUCAUGGCUUUUCGUGUUAAAAGUGGCACUUACUAAUCAGAUGGUCUCUGUAAAUGAACCGAUUUUCAUAACGGUUUUUUUUUCCGGAUUUUAGGUUCGUGAAGUACGUGGCCAAUUGAAAGAUAUCAUGAACCAACAGAAAAUGCCGCUGAAGUCGUGCGGCAACGAUUGGGAUAUCAUCAGAAAAUGUAUCUGUUCCUCUUACUUUCACCAAGCCGCCAGAUUAAAGGUAACAUGUUACAUUAAGGACUUACCUCUAUACCUGGUAAUUUGGUAUUAUCAAAUGAGUUGAUAACGUAAAUUGGCCACCUUUAUGAGUUUCAAAGCGUUAGCCUUCGUCCUUGUCUCUGACGAAGGGCUAACGCUCGAAAUGUCAGCUUGGAACUCUUAACGGUGGCCAAUUUACGUCAUCGACCCAUUUGAUAAUACCAAAUUACCUUGUUAUACUCUCUCACCAACGCAGCACCACAGUUUUAGAAACUACCCUCUUUAAUCAUUCCUUUUCUAAUAGAUUCAAAUCACCCCAAGUUUGACUUGUUAACCCUUCAACCCCUCAGAGUGACUAGCAUCUAAUUUCUCCUUACAAUAUCACCAUUGAAUCAAACGUUAAGGUAAUGAGAAUUGGCGUAAUGAUCACCAACUAAAGCAGCGCUUGAUUAUCAGACAAAUUCUCUUUGUCAGCACCUUGGGAAAUGUAUAGUGAAUAGUAUGGAGAUUAUGAAUAUUGAUGUUAGAAGAUAAAGGGUUAAUCUGUCUCGAUGAGUAAGAGUUUACUGAAUUUCGUUACAACUACAAAUAGUAGGAAAUUGUUUUAUGUUCAGGGUCUCACAAACCGAGAUGAGUUUUAUAAGCUUCUUUUCAAUUCGUACGACGCAGUAAUUUUGAUCUGAAAUAUUCUAAUUUAGAUAAUGGUAUGUACUUUUUCGGUCAUUAAGACCAAUAACGACGAUGGAAAUCAAUAACCAAAAAGAUGACAUGACCACAGUACAGGCUGCGUCAGAGGUUUAACGGCGGACCGGAAGUCGUUUUGAUAUUAAUUAUUUGCAUUUUUGUCGCAGGGCAUUGGAGAAUACGUCAACAUGAGAACAGGAAUGCCGUGUCAUCUUCACCCCACUAGUGCUCUGUUUGGUAUGGGAUACACACCCGACUAUAUUGUUUAUCAUGAGCUUGUUAUGACCUCUAAGGUAAGACGACAAACCCACGGUAACGUAGUUAUUAACUCCCGCAUCAGAUUUGUAAUUCUCCUUACUGUCAACCAUACAAUUCUUAUAAUGUUAGUUCAGAGAAUUUAGUAUUGGAUCAACUUAUUAUCCCCAAAUCGAUAUUUUUCUUUAUUCUCAUCACUUACCUGGCUGAUAUUGUUUUAAUGUUGUAUGGAGAAAUUCUGUCUUGGUCACUCAUGAUGAGAGUUAAAGGGUUAACGAUAACUUAGGCCGGUGCAUUUCUUGACAGAUGCGUAGUCACGUGAUACCUAUAACAUGAGAGAGAUUCUGACUCUGGCGCACUUUGGGGCUACGAAGUUUGAUUGGAGUUCUCUUGAUAUUGCUUGCCAGUUCCCAACCUCAUGGCUGAGGGUCGGUACUAUGGAUGUAAACGCCAGCUCCAAUCUUGUUCUAACAUUUGUAAUCAUCAUGUAAUGACCACUUAGGGAGUCCUCUCUUACAUGCUAAUAACUCUGUCGUCAGGAGUGCGCAAUGGUACAGCUAGCUAAUUUCUUAGGCGUGCAUGCAUGUUUGUUCUACCUUAUUUGGAUUUUUCUCUCAACUCUUUAACGCAGGAAUACAUGCAAUGUGUCACAGCUGUUGAUGGCUACUGGCUGGCAGAACUGGGCCCUAUGUUUUACACAGUGAAAGAAUCCACAAAGACAAGGCUGGUUAGUUCGCUUAGUGCUUUUUAAACAGGACUUCGGCAUCUUCAGGGCCGGUGGAGCCAAGAGAGAGAGUCGGGUGCCCCAGAAUCAUUCAAAAAUAUAAAUUUUGUUUUCCUUGCAAUCAUGCCUCUUAGUACUCGUAGAAUCUGCUAUCAGGGGUGCAUACUUUUCAAUCAUCCAAUCUCCCCGCGUCCCGAUUAAAGUUGGUUUCACCAUUCUUACUAUUGUGUUCAACGUUAUGCUGACGUUAUUCACUUUAUUUAGUUCGUUUUUGAUAAACUGUGUAUGUCACAGGGCCAUACUACCAAGGAAACAUGGUAUUUUCUUCAUUAUCUACAAGAUUUCGACAUAGUGAUAACAUAUGUCGGUAGUCGAGGUUCUGACAGCGUUUCUUCACUAUCUUUUUGUUGUCUAGGAGAAACGAAAGCGUGCCAGGGAAGACUUAUCGGCUAUGGAAGAAGAAAUGGCGGCUGCCAGUGCGCAGAUGAAAGCUCGAGAAGAGGAAAAGCUUGCCAAACUAACUCCUUCAGUAAAGUAAAUAAACAUCAUGAACUUCCUAUUUGGCCGUAUCUAUAGAUCAGUGAAAUAGGCCACAAUUCUACAAUGCUUCUAUACAAUACUUGUUUUAUUUGGUCUCUCUUUCAAUAAUAGAUCACAUAUCGCUACGCCAGGACGUAAAACACCUGCAACUCCACGCCGAACGCCCUACAGAUUUGGACUCUGAAGGCCAACGACAGAUUUUGUUCGUCUAAGAAGUUGUGGAAAGAGAGUGGUGAAAUUUGAGUCUUCAUAGAUUUUUACGAAGGACUGGUCAAGCUAACGUUGGAAAUAAACUGUAUAUGAACCCAAACCGAACAGCCGGAAAACCCAUAAGCAU